UCUAUGCUCGCACAAUAAUGAUUUGCAUCGAGACUCGAUAUUUUAAUCUCAAUAAAAUUCUUUUACUGGCAGUUGGCUUAUGGCCUUAUCAACGAACAAAACUCAUUCGAUUUCAGAUAAUCUUAUUCUUUAGUAUAUUGACAAGCUUUAUUAUAUUUCAGCUUACAGCGUUUAUAACUACAGAAUGCACACCUGAGUUUAUCAUCAAAGUUUUUUCUACCGCAAUGUUUUUUAGUAUUUAUGUAAUUAAAUACAAUUCUUUUUGGAUGAAUGCUCGUAGUAUAAAAUAUUUAUUGGAGCAACUUCAAGAUACUUGUAACCAGUUAAAAGACAAAAACGAAAUUGCUAUUAUUGAAAAAUAUGGAAAUAACGCAAAAUAUUUUACAACUAUAUCGAUCUUUUUGUGCAGUGCAUUUAUUGUCAUUUUAUUGCCAGUUUGGCCACACAUUCUUCAUACUGAUUUGCAUAUAAACCAGUCUCAGUCAUGGCAGAGAGUGCAAAUCGUGACUGAGUAUUUUGUCGAUCAACAAAAAUAUUUUUAUUUAAUUUUACUACAUAAAAACGCAGUUAUUUGUAUUGGAGCAACUACAUUGACAGGGACGGGAACGUUGCUUGUAGGAUACAUUAUAUGCGCAUGUGGAAUGUUUAAAAUUGCGAGGUAAAAAAAUUAUGUUAGGAAUAAUUAUGCAAAUAUAAUUGUAAACAAAAAUUUUUAUUUAUUUUUUUAAUGUAUCAAGAUAAUCAAUUUUGUAAUAAUUAUUUACUUUACCCACAAAGUAAAUCAUGU